AUGGUUUUGGGUGCGAAUUCACCAUUUGCGGUUUUUGAAGGGUUUGUUGAGAGGAUUUGGGGACAUUUGGGCAUUGAACGGGUAGUGAGAAUGCACAUGGGUCUCACCAUUGUCAAGUUCAAUGAUGAGGCUACAAGAGAUUUUGUUUUGGAGAAUGGAGUUGUGCAGUUUGAUAGGAAGCCAGUUAUUGUGAGGCCUUGGACUCAAGAACUUGACUCGAUCAGAUUAGUGCGAUCUGUUCCUUUAUGGAUUCGUCUACCAAAUUUGGGGUUGCAAUAUUGGGGGAAAAACUGUCUUAGUGCCUUGGUUAGUACAAUUGGGAAGCCUAUUAUGGUGGAUAAAUUUACUAAAGAUAGAUCUAUGAUAAAGUUUGCUAAAGUGUUGGUUGAGAUGGAUAUUACAGAUGACCCUCCUUUCUUAAUCCAUUUUGUAAAUGAACGUGGACAACUCCAGGAGCAAUUUGUGGAAUAUGAAUGGCUUCCCAUUAAGUGUUCAACAUGUAAGGGCUAUGGGCAUAAUGCUGCUAAAUGCAAGAAAAGUGAAACAAAAGCUUGGGUCUCUAAGAGCAAACCAGAUCAAAACUUGCUUCUGGUUCUGAGGCUGCUAAGACAACACUUGGUGAGACAUCUGAGUCUCAAGAGGAGCUGGAAUGUGAGGGGUUUGAAUAAGAGGGACAAACAACAUGCUAUUUUGCGUCUCUUAAAGGUUAAUAAAGUUGGUAUUUGUGCUCUGUUAAAGAAUAAACUAAAGGGUGAUAAGGUUCAAGACAUGAUGUCUAAGGUGAUGGUGGGCUGGGAUUGUUUUAAUAAUCCAGCUACAGAAGGUAGAAUUCUGGUUUUGUGGCAGAGGUCCUUUGUCAGUGUACAAGUGUUGCUGGUUCACCAGCAAUUUGUUCAUUGUCUGGUGCGGUUUUCUGGUUUACAGCAAGAUUUGGUGGUAACUUUUGUCUAUGGGUUCAGCCUGUUAGCUGAGAGAUUAGAAAUGUGGAGGGGUUUAUCGUCUCUAUCUAUUCUAAACUUGCCAUGGCUGGUUGUAGGAGACUUUAACUCAGUGUUUGAAUUUGAUGAUAGAGUGGGGGGAAGGGAGAUUGGAGCAAAUGAGUUAGUUGACUCUACUGCAUGGCUUGCUAACUCUCAUCUUGCUAAACUUAAAUGUGUUGGUUCAAACUUUACUUGGUCUAAUAAACAGGAGGGGGGUGAUCGGGUAUAUUCAAAAAUAGAUCAUGCUUUUAUUAAUGAAGGGUGGAUAGACUGUCAACUGAACUCCAUUGCUGAGCUACAUUGGGAGCUGAUUCGCCUGAAACAUAUUCUGAGAAAGUUUAAUAGAACAGAAAUUGGAGAUAUUGAGCAGCAGUUCCAUCAAGCAAAAGGCGAAUAUCAGGUGGCUUUAACUAAGGUUCAAGAUUCUCCCUUCGAUAUCUUUGCUCAAGAAACAGAAAAGAAAGCAGCUAUCAAUUAUAAAAUCCACUAUGCUAGAUAUAGGAGCUUCUUGAUUCAGCGGAGUAAAGUGACGUGGCUGCAAAAAGGAGACGAGAAUACGGCUUAUUUUCAUGCUUGCAUCAAAAAAAGGAGAGAGGAGAAUCGGAUUGUUUCUUUUCUAAAUGAUAAUGGGGACAUCAUUGAUGAUUAUAAUUCAGUUGUACAUCAUUUUUUAGCUCAUUUCAAGAGUUUCAUGGGCAGCUCUAGUCUUGCUACUGGGUGUGUUAAAACAGAUUUUAUGGAAGUUGGGCCUUGUUUGGAGAUUGAUAAGCAGCUGGAUUUAAUCAGAGACUUUACUAAGGCUGAUGUUAAGAAAGCUAUUUUCAGCAUUCCGGGUACUAAGACCCCAGGGCUAGAUGGGAUGCCUACUGAGAUUAAUAAAACAGUAAUAACCUUGGUCCCUCAAAAUGAUGCUCCUAGUAGAGCAGUACACUUUCGUCCCAUAGCUUGCUACAACACUCUGUACAAAUGCAUCUCCAAAAUGCUCUGCAGUAGACUUUCAGAAGUUCUGCCGUUUAUAAUCAGUCCUAAUCAGGGAGCGUUUAUUCGUGGGAGAUCAUUAGCUCAUAACAUACUAAUCUUUCAGGACUUGAUCAAGAACUAUAAUAGGAAGAACACCUCCCCGAGAUGUGUUUUGAAGAUUGACCUGAGCAAGGCUUAUGAUACAGUUGAUUGGGUGUUUUUGGAAAGAUUGUUGACCUGCUUUAGAUUUCCCACCAGGUUUAUAAAUUGGGUAAUGGUUUGCCUCAAGGGUUCCUCAUAUAUUCUUAUAAUGAAUGGGCGGUUGCAGGGGGACUUUCAAGGGGUUAAGGGCCUUCAUCAAGGGGACCCAAUAUCUCCUUUACUGUUCGUUUUAGUAAUGGAAUAUCUGUCUAGGCUGCUUCAAUUUGGAGCGAUGCAACCUACCUUUUGGUUCCACCCAAUGUGUAAAAGUCUCAAAAUCAUCAAUUUAUGUUUUGCUGAUGAUUUAGUGAUUUUUUGCAAAGCAAACUAUAACUCUGUUCAGAUUAUUAAGCAGUUGUUUGAUGAAUUUUGUACCAGUUCGGGUAUGAAGGCUAAUCUCAACAAGUCUCAAGUUUUCUUUGGUGGCAUCUCGGCUCAAGACAAAUCUCAGUUACAGGAAGUGCUUCAUCUUGAGGAAGGCUCAUUCCCUCUCAAAUAUUUGGGGAUCCCUAUGCGGCCUACUAAAUGGAAAGAGGCUGGCUGUGGUGAAAUUUUGAAAAAAAAUUAA